UUCUAAAGUCAGUUUUCAGCAGAAACAAGGCCGUUUUAAGCAGAAACUUGGUGAAACUCCGCGAUACUUUGAAAUGACCGACGAGCAGUGAACGCAUCAGCUAGCAGCCCGUGUAGCCGCUGCACUCUUAUUGCGUCCUUCAUCUUUUAUGAUGAAAUAAUUCUGAAUUUAUGUGAAAAUGAUUGUUGUACAAAAGCUUCAGAUAUCUGUUGCUGAGAUAGAUGAUGACUGGUGUGCAGUUUUAAGCAGAAACAAGGUGUUAAUCUGUGAACCGCGGCUAAUAACGAAUGUGCAGUGAAGACAGGGCGGACUGAUUUUUAGGGGGGACUGUUCGGUUGGCGGCACCAGUGUCGCUCCUGGAGAACACGGCCUCUGGACAGUGACCAAAUCAUUGGUACUUUUUCUCUUAACCACAACAACAGGCGCAUUGUGCUGUUAUGAAGACAUCAAUGGUAGGUGAAAGAUUUUUAUUUUCCUUUGCCUGCUGUUGACAUUUUUCCCUGAGGCUAUAGGCUACAUGUGGAGGUCUGUGGAUAUUUGUAUUGAACAGUAGCCUAGGUUUGUGUGUGAUUUUGUUCAUUCUGUAUGUCAUCAGUGGCUGUGCAGAUCAGAAUGUGGCUAUGUGUACGCAUGCCCAUGAAUGUGGCAGAGGUGUAGCAGAGAGCUGUCGUGACACACGAGCCCAUACCACCCUCAUAAAAAUGCCAAGCUCCCCAUAGCACCUGCAGAAAAAAAAUCUCUGGAGCCGCCACUGGGUCACAGGCUGGUAAGGCCACAGGUGGAGGAGCCGAGCAGCAGGUGCUGCAAGUGUGACUUCAGAGGAUCCUCAACAACAUGAUUUCUUUUAGGCACCAAAAUUCAAAGCCAUAGGAUUUGUUUUUCAAGUUUCACCCACAUCAGGCAUCUGACAGAGCAGGAAAUCAUUUCACUGUGAAGAUGGAAUAUGAGAGAGAGAGAGAGAGAGAGAGAGCAAAAGCAGUAUCAUUAAAGGGCGGAGCCUAUUCAUAUUCGUUCAGUGUUUUUGUCUUUUUGUUCACAUGUGGGUGGGGUUGUCUUUGUGUUUGAAGAAAAAAAAAACCCUAUUCUGUAGAAAAUGCCACAACCGUUUUUUUGAUCCCAGUCCAUCACUGGGUGUCAGUCAUAUUUGAUGUUGGUGAUUGGUUGUAGGUGUGUGAAAAGGGAGGGAAGAGAUGUAUAAGAGGAGAGAAACGGGAGGACGACAGAUAGAAAGGGAAAGAAUUCACCAGGUUUGUGAAUUAACAUUCUGUGAAAUUCGUUGAGAAAAAAGUAUUUUGUUUUCCUUCUCGUGUGUUUGCACGAGCACCAUUUAGUUAAUCAGGUUAGUCAUGUUAGUAUUUUCUAGGGGUUAUAAGUAGAAGUGUGUCAGGCGUUGUGGAGUCACAACAACCAAAAUUAUUUUGGAUAAAGACAAAUUCAGUUGUACAUAUAUUAAUCAGUAUUUUACUUUGUAAACAGUUUUGGGUUUCCAUUCUGGAGUUUACUGUGUUUUAUUAUUUUUUAUUGGGGUUGAGGUUUCUGAGUUUUCUUUGUGGAGUGUUUUGAAGUUUUAAAAUCUUUCAGUAAAGUUGUUAAAUGUUCUUUUCAAGUGUUGUCUGGGAUCAGACAUUUAAAAUAUCUGUUACGAUUUCUUUGAUCACUAGGGCUGUUGUACGAGGAGACGUCCCCCUCACUGCAGGUAAACCCUUUGUGGUAGUGACCUUGUUAAUCAAACAAAUCCAAACACCCCAGCAACCUGGUCUGAGGGUCAGUUUGCACCAUAUUAGAUACAAUGUGGGGAAGUGGGGUGCCACACUUAUUUUUCUUGUUUGUUUUCAUGUUUACAUAGUUACUACAAAUGCAUCAACAUUUUAAUUAUAAAUGUUUGAUUUGAUUGUCCAGAGACAUGUUGUGGUACAUAAUUUUACUGAAUGUGACUUUGUUGGCAGUGGAACAUACUGCUUCAGCACAAAAUGGACAUUUUGAUUACUUAUCAGGACAGAAGUACAAGUUACCAUUUGUUGCUCGGAGUUGUAAGGAGAUCCAGGACAAAUAUUGUGUGCGAGCGGACGGGUUACACUACCUGAUGACUGCUAACGGCAUGGUCUAUCAGACGUUCUGUGACAUGACCACUGCAGGAGGCGGCUGGACGCUGGUGGCAAGCGUUCAUGAGAACAGUGUUUUUGGAAAGUGCACAGCAGGCGACCGCUGGUCCAGCCAGCAGGGCAACAACAUCAAUAUACCAGAAGGAGAUGGAAACUGGGCCAACAGAAACACCUUUGGGACAGCAGAGGGUGCCACUUCAGAUGACUACAAGAAUCCGGGAUACUAUGACAUUACAGCAGAGGACAUGUCUGUGUGGCAUGUUCCGAAUAAACUCGCUCUGAAUGUGUCUAAGCUGGCCGCCAUCCUCCGCUACCACACCAACACCGCCAUUCUCAAAGCGUAUGGAGGAAACCUCCUAAAGCUUUUUGAGAAAUAUCCAGUGAUCUACAAUGUCGGCUCCUGCAGUGACAGAGGACCAGUUUCUCCCAUUGUGUAUGAUAAGGGAGACACACAGUCCACAAUAAACAUGUAUGGACCACAUGUACAAACGCAAUUUGAACCAGGAUUCAUAACGUUCAGAGUAAUCAACAAUGAGCGUGCAGCCAUGGCAAUCUGCUCUGGAGUCAAACCAACUGGAUGCGACACUGAACAUUACUGUAUUGGAGGAGGCGGAUUUUUUCCUGAAGGAAAUCCAAAGCAGUGUGGAGACUUCCCAUCAUUUGACUGGGACGGACUCGGAGGACAAGGCGCGAGUGCUUCAAGACAGAUGACUGAAGCUGCUGUGUUACUCUUUUACCGCUGAUAGUCAUUAAAUAAGUUUCUUUUUAAUUCAAAUGAUUUCAUUACAUUACAUUUAAAAUAAUCAGUGAGUUGCCAGAAAGUGGUGACACAGAACUACAUAUUCAACAUUAAUCGAAUAUGUUAUUAUCUCAAAACAUGAUUCUUGAGUGUGUUUAAGUCUCUUGAUUAUAGAUUUUCCAAUCUGGUAGAGGUGAAAAAUAAAUGAUAAUUUCCGUUGUCAAUUUAUUUCUUAAAUUUGUGUGAAAGGUUAAAAUGAAUUAAAUUUUUUCAGAAGAAUCACAGCUUAGUGUCUGUCUUUCUGUUAAAUUCUUUUUCUGACUUGCAAAGAAAUGUCAUGGCCACCAGGACCGUACCAUCAGCAACAAGGUUCCACCAACAGUGAGACACUCCUGUCUGUCUUUAUUUUAUGUUAGGGUUGUUGUACACAUUAAAAGAUGCCAACAUGUCCCAAAAUAAGAACUACACUGCUGCUCACCAAGUCCUAAACACUGGUCCUGAAAAAUGAAGCCCAUAUGGACAUGGCAAAUCAUGCAGUUCUUUGAAUAGCCGUUUAAGGUUGGCUCCAAAAGCGAGUAACUCCAAAGUGGGUCACAAGUCAAACUCUCCAACUUUACAAACUAGUGAGCUAGUUCUGGCAGAGAACUCACACUGCCUCCCCGUACAUUUACUGACUCUUCACAUAAUCUCCCACCACUUUCUGCAAAUAGGGUGCAUUAUUGAGCAGAACUAAUCAGGAAUGACCCGAUGAUGUCAUAUUAUAUACUGGGGACCCAAUAGUUACUAUACCUAAACUUUUGAAGUGUCUGCUAGAUUUUAGUAUUGUGUCAUGAUAUAAAGUAAAUAAAUCAAAAUCUGAAGCUAUGAUGAUAAAGGUGAAUUGGCCUGCAGAACUGUCCGAUAAAGUCAAAUUUAAUUGGUCACCAAACGGAUUCAGAUAUUUGGGAAUCAUUAUCACAAAGGAUAUUUCUCGAAUGUAUAAAGCAAAUUAUGGGAAACUAUUGGCUCAAAUUCACAAAGAUUUAGAAAGAUGGAAAAUAUUACCAUUAUUCCUUUUUGGGAGAAUUGAAAUGGUCAGAAUGAAUAUUCUUCCCAGAUUGCUUUAUUUAUUUAUGUCGCUUCCUAUUUGGAUCUCAGCAUCCAAUUGUUGCAAAAAUGCAUAAAAUGAUUUCUGUUUUUAUUUGGCAGAAAAAAGGCCAGGAUCAAUCUCACACAGCUAACCAGUAGUAAGGCUUCUGGAGGCCUUAACCUACCA